AUGUUAUGGAUUGAGGCGGAGGUUGAAGAUGAGGCGGAGGUUAAAGUUGAGGCGGUGGUUGAAGUUGAGGCGGUGGUUGAAGUUGAGGCGAUGGUUGAAGUUGAGGCGGUGGUUGAAGUUGAAGUGGUGGUUGAAGUUGAGGCGGUGGUUGAAGUUGAGGCGGUGGUUGGAGUUGAGGCGGUGGUUGAAGUUGAGGCGGUGGUUGAAGUUGAGGCGGUAGUUGAAGUUGAGGUGAAGUUAGUUCUGGAAUCGAAAGAAGUCAACGAAGACGAAAAAGAACACAAUAGGGAGAGAGAAGAUGUUGAAGAAGAUGAUAAGGAUGUCGAUGAAGAUGAGGAAAAAAAGACGAAUACAAUUUCUAGGAAGACGAAGAUGACUACGAGCGCUGACGAUAUUAGUGCUAAUGAGGCAGAUAGUAAUAGCGGUGAUUCUAUUAGUGUUGAUGGUGUUGCUGACAAUGUUGUGAUGUUGGUUGUGAUGUGUGUACCUGGCAGGUGUGGUGGAGAUAUUGGUACUGCUGAUGGAGGAAACAAAGAAAAGGCGAAGGAAUCUAAGACUGUUGGCAAUGCAUUUUUGGGAAAAGACAAAGUUUGUGAAGAAUUUCGAAGCAAGCUAGAAAAAGCUUCGUAUUCGGGCAAAAAUGACCACAAGUGUAAACUUCAAGAGCAAAAUCCACAGUCAGACGCUCAGUUGGACAAUGUAGAGGCACCAGAACUCAUGGAAUUCGAUGCUGUGCUAAAACGCGUGAGUCUGUGUGAAGGAGAUCAAGACUAUGAAUUCAAGAUGAUCAACCCUAAGCUCGACCGUAUUUCUUCAGAGACAGUCGCGCUCUCUUGUGAAAUAGAAUUAACUAUGGAUAUUCCAGAUGACCCAACGUACACGGGCAUCUACAAAGUUGUAAACCUUUUACUUAGCGUCGAAGAUGUUAAACCGCUAAUGCGUGAGGGAAUAAUGGUGUUCACGCUGAAACACUUGUUGGACGGAAAGUGUUUUGGUUGUGCCGUCAUUGAAUUCACCGUCACAAUAGAGUAGAAUUCGGAUCUGCAGUUAACAUUUACUACUGCAAAUCGUUUGAUUCCCUCCUCUGGCUUACCAACUCCUAACCGAGAUCUUGUUCCACAUGUUUAUGACUUUCUCUGAGAUGUUACAUUCCAUCAGCAACAGAGGCUGAAGACAAUAAUAAUUCGCUUUGCAUUGGCCCAUGUCCUGCCAUCGCCAUGGGAAUGAAGAGACACCGCCCUAAUGUAAUUUCUGAAGGAAGAUCUCUACAGAAUUUUCUUUCAGAAACGUCAUCGACACCUUGUGUCAAGACUUAAUAAAACAUUCAUGUGUCAGGCCUCUCAACAGAAUGCACCAUCACACCCUGCAAUAAGUUGCUUAUGUAAAAAAAAGAUUA